GCGAGCGGUUACUCACUCCAUGGCUGCGAAAAGGAGAGGAGGCAACGGCGGCGGCGGCCUCGGCUGAAGAGACGGUGUGAGCGGAGAGUGAAGGCGCGAAACCUCCCCAAGGUUGCAGACGCUGACGGAUUUGCCCAGAGUCGAAGUAGCUGCCACCUGGAGAUCCUACGCCAUGAGUGGGUUUAACUUUGGAGGCGCCGGGGCUCCUGCUGGCGGCUUUACAUUCGGGACCGCAAAGACUGCGACCACGACGCCUGCCACUGGCUUUUCCUUCUCUGCUUCUGGCACCGGCACUGGAGGGUUUAAUUUUGGGACUCCCUCCCAGCCAGCUGCGACCACCCCUUCCACCAGCCUCUUCUCACUCACCACACAGACCCCAACCACACAGACCCCAGGAUUCAACUUUGGAACAACACCUGCUUCUGGAGGAGCAGGCUUCUCCCUGGGGAUCAGCAACCCAAAGCUCAGCCUGGGUAACACAGCUGCCACACCAGCCACAGCCAAUACUGGCAGCUUUGGGCUUGGCAGCAGCACCCUCACCAAUGCCAUCUCAAGUGCCAGCACCUCCAGCCAGGGGGCAGCCCCCACUGGCUUUGUCUUUGGCUCUUGUACCACCUCUGCUCCGACCACCGGCUCCACUGGGUUCUCCUUCACCAGUGGCAAUGCAUCCCAGCCUGGAGCCUCUGGCUUCAGCAUUGGUGCUGUGGGUAGCUCUGCCCAGCCCACAGCUCUGUCCAGCUCUCCCUUCACUCCAGCCACUCUGGGGAGCACUACAGCAGGAGCAACACAGCCAGCUGCUGCUGCACCCACUGCUGCCACCACCAGUGCAGGGCCUACACUCUUUGCUUCCAUAGCUGCUGCCCCUGCCUCAUCCAGUGCUACAGUGCUCUCCCUCUCAGCUCCGGUGACAACUGCAGCCACUCCUAGUGCUGGGACUUUGGGCUUCAGCCUCAAGGCCCCUGGAGCAGCUCCUGGCGCCUCUACCACCAGCACCACCACCACUACUACCACCACUACUACCACUGCCGCCGCCUCCUCCUCUACCACGACUACUGGCUUUGCCUUAAACCUGAAACCCCUGGUGCCAGCUGGCCCCAGCAGUGUAGCCCCUACUGCUCUGCCUGCCUCCAGCACAGCGGCUGGGACUACCACAGGUCCAGCGAUGACUUAUGCACAGCUGGAAAGUCUGAUCAACAAGUGGAGUCUGGAGCUGGAAGACCAGGAGCGGCACUUCCUGCAGCAGGCUACCCAGGUCAAUGCCUGGGACCGCACACUGAUUGAGAAUGGGGAGAAGAUCACUAGCCUGCACCGAGAGGUGGAAAAGGUGAAGCUGGAUCAGAAGCGGCUGGACCAGGAGCUGGACUUUAUCCUGUCGCAGCAGAAAGAACUGGAAGACCUCUUGAGCCCGUUGGAGGAGUCAGUGAAGGAGCAAAGUGGCACCAUCUACCUUCAGCAUGCUGAUGAGGAGCGUGAGAAGACCUACAAGCUGGCUGAGAACAUCGAUGCUCAGCUCAAGCGCAUGGCGCAGGACCUCAAGGAUAUCAUUGAGCACCUGAACAUGGCUGGUGGCCCUGCAGACACCAGUGACCCACUACAACAGAUCUGCAAGAUCCUCAAUGCACACAUGGACUCUCUUCAGUGGGUGGACCAGAGCUCUGCCCUGCUGCAGAGGAGGGUGGAGGAGGCCAGCCGUGUGUGUGAGGGCCGGCGCAAGGAACAGGAGCGUAGCCUGCGCAUUGCCUUUGACUAGCCACACAGGACAGGAGUGCGGGUGGGGGCUCCUUGGGUUGCAGGGCUGCUGGCUUUUGGGUAGUUGUAUUGUUGAGAAAAAUGCUCUUUGGUUUGAUUCCCUGUUAUCAGAAGUGUUUUGCAAAGGCAUGAUGUUCAUGGCUAUAACCUGUGUGCUCUGAGGAUGGGUGUGAAGGUCACUGAACUCUAGGCCAGCAUUUACAGAGCAAGGGCAAGUGGUGACUCCAGUGUUCCCUUGCAGCUUCAGCUCUCCUGUUGGCCGAACUCAGCCUUCAGCACACUCACUCCAGUACAACUGUGACAGUGCUCCAGAGGCGAUGCUGGCCAAGAAACUCACCUGGGAGGGAGACAUGGAUGACUUCUGUGCUUCUCUAACUCCCGUCUAACCUAUGUCCUCCAGAGCCUCUGCCACACAAAGCGGAGCCACCUAGGCACACUGAGCUUAAGGCCACUUUUACACUGGCUACCUCUCACCCCUAUCUUGUGAGCUUCUGUGGCAGGGACUGACUAACAAUAUGUCUUUGAAGCCAAAGUGGCUGCAUAUUUGCUUCUGAAUAUCCCAGUGUCAAACCUAUCUUAGAUCCACAGUGUUGAAGGCCGGCAGUCAUUACUGGUCUAUUUUAUUUAUCUGCACUCUACUGUAGCCUCUGUGGUUCCUGAUCGAAAUGUUGCUUUCUAAAUAAAGAAAAUUUUGUGAAACUAAA